AAAGCUUUCGCAAGCUGCGCCGCCCCACGCGCCGCUGCGCGGAGGCUGACCACAAGCAUUCGGCCGGAGGAGACGCCGCCGCUGCCGCGGACUUCUUACGUCUCUGAGCCGGCCGCCCAAGAGUGCGGCGGAGCAAAUAUGAAUGUUGGAGUUGCCCACAGCGAGGUAAAUCCAAAUACCCGGGUAAUGAACAGCCGGGGUAUGUGGCUGACAUAUGCAUUGGGAGUUGGCUUGCUUCAUAUCGUUUUACUUAGCAUUCCCUUCUUCAGUGUUCCUGUUGCUUGGACCUUAACAAAUGUUAUACAUAAUCUGGGGAUGUAUGUAUUUUUGCAUGCUGUAAAAGGAACACCUUUUGAAACUCCUGACCAGGGUAAAGCAAGGCUCCUUACUCAUUGGGAACAACUGGACUAUGGAGUACAGUUUACAUCUUCACGGAAGUUUUUCACAAUUUCUCCAAUUAUUCUGUACUUCCUGGCAAGUUUCUAUACGAAGUAUGAUCCAACUCACUUCAUCCUAAACACAGCUUCUCUCCUGAGUGUGCUAAUUCCCAAAAUGCCACAACUACAUGGUGUUCGGAUCUUUGGAAUUAAUAAGUAUUGAAAUGUUUUGAAACUGAACACAAAUUUUUACAGCCACUGAGUUUUCUGUAAGGAAGGAGUGAUUAGUAAACUGCACUGUUUCUUGAUAAUGUGAAAUGAAAGGUAUUUACAUUGGAGAGCCAAUUGCUGGCUCUUCAUGUGUGGUUUUGAAGUGCAGAUUUUUACAAGAAGAUGCCUCUGUUUAAUGCAUCUGGUAUCUUUCUGAAGAGAGGCUUCAUAGGCAGGCUGGGCAGGCCCAGCUUCUAAGUUAAAUGACUAUAAAGUAAAGGUGUAGUAGAUAAAUACAAGGAAAUAAGAGAUUUGUAAGGAACUAGGUCCAGCUUAGCUUAUAAUGAAGGGGCACUAUAUCAGGAGCAGAAAAUUUUCAAUCAUUCAGUCAUGAUCAUUUAGGCAACCUUAUGUGUAAACCAGAAUCAUCUCUUUACAAGUUUAUUAUAGAUUGUUUUUAUUACCAUACUUAUUCCUCUUGUGUUAAUAUUAAAAGGGUAUAUACCCUCUUGUUUUAUACAAACCAAUUUCUACCUUAUGAGUGUGGGUUUUUUUGGUUUUGAACAUUGUGUUGAUAGAUGAUUCAUUUUUACAUUUAUUAAGUUACUGAGUUUGUGAAGGUCCACCUUCAUGACAUGACUGAUUGAUAAUAGAAGAUAGGCAUCUUAGAAGCAGCCUCUUGAGUUGGCCUUCUAAUUUUGGAACAGAGUGGGUUUUGCUGCCUUUCCAGAUACAAGGCUGCUAAAUCAAUUAAGAAAACAAUUUAUUUCUCAGUUGAAGUAUAUGGUAACAUAAAGGUCUCUGCUUAUUUGGUUGAGCAAUCUUAUUGUUGAAGUCUGCCAUUUAGAAAACGAAAUAUAAAAUGGACAACCACAUAGCCAAAAUGUGGUCUGGCGGAAACUGCUUUUCUAGCAAUAGUAUCAAAGUAAAUAAUGGAGUCCUUUUUUUUUUAACAGGUCUGUAGUAAAAGAUAACAUCAGUUUUUCUUAGUCCUUCUGUUCUCAGUCCCACAUUUUGCCCAUCAAUACAUGAGUCAUUGUAGAUAACCCAAAAUGGUAACUAUUUCCAAAGCAGCAACCAUAUUGAAUUCUCGUGACUUAGAGAAGCUUCCUGUAGUUGCUGACAUUAAUUGCAAGAAAUAACUACUACUUUGAGAAGUAAAUAUCAAGAAAAGUUCUGAUGUGGGAUGAAACUGAAAAACCUAGUAACAUUUGUAUGAACAAUUGAGUGAAAAGAAUUAUAAAGCCAACUUAAUCAGUUUGUUUCCAGCUGACUUUUGGGGGUAAUGAUCAUUGUUUUGUAUUUCAAAAGUAUUGAGUUUAGAAAUCAGUUGUAUAAUAAUGCCUUUGUAUGUCUGUCUUUUCUUAUGUAUUUUUAAAUAACGAGUAAUCUAUACUUUAAUAAAAUUUUUCUUUGGUGUAAGAUUAA